AUGACGAUCGGCUUGGGCGGCUGGGGAUCUCGCCGCAAGCCGAUGGCCUUCGUGCGUGCGAUUCUGCGUUCGGACAUCAAGGACCUGACCGUGGUCACUUACGGCGGACUGGAUCUCGGCCGCUGUGCUCGGCCGGCAAGGUCAAGAAGGCGUACUACGGUUUCGUGUCCUGGACUCCGCACCGUUCCACGAUCCGUGAUGGACGAGGGAAUGGUCGUGCGGCACUCGAAGCCGCUGCCGCUCGCCUUCCCUUCCCGAUCCGCGCAGGCCUGGGUUCCGGACGUUCGUAACUCUGGGGCGACGAACUCAAGACCGUCACCUCCCCGUACCCCGAGGCCGACGGCCGUUCCUGAGACCUUGAUCGCGAUGCCUGCACUCAACCUCGAUGCGUCGUUCGUUCACCUCAAUCUGGUGACAAGCACGGCAAUGCCGCGUACAACGGUGUCGACCCAAUCUUCUGCUCAACCGCAUGAUGGUCGACGCCGUCGUCGAGGCCCCUGGAACGGUGCCCACUUCACGUUGGCGGGCGAAAGCUACGGCCGCGACGAGAAGUUCCAGCGUCACUACGCCGAGGCCGCCAAGACCCCCGAGUCGUGGCAGACGUUCGUCGACACCUUCCUCUCCGGCAGCGAAGGAGGACUACCAAGCCGCAGUAAAGAAGCUUGCCGAUCCAUCAAAGGCAGGAGCAGGCAAAAUGAGCGAAUCCACCGUCACCCGCGCAGAGCGAAAUCAUGGCCAGCCCGAUGUCUCACGUCGUCCACCAUCGGUGCUCGCCUGGCUCGACUCACCACCGAACCCGACCUGCUGAUCACCGAUGGUGAAGCCCUCAUCCUCGAGGACACUCCGGCCGUCGGAACGAAGGGCCCCAUCGAAGGAUGGAUGCCUUUCCGCAGCAGCCGACGCGUCAGAUGUUCGGUGUGCGGCGCCCCGGGUAACACCAUCAACCACGCGACGAGCUACUUCGUCCCCCAAGCACUCCAAGCGAGUGUUCGUCGACAAGGUCGACGUGGUGUGCAGUGUCGGCUACGACCAGAUCGAUCCGAGAACCCGGCAUACAAGUACCUGAACAUCCCCGCGUUGUCAGCCAACCUCGGUGUCUUCGACUUCGGUGGACCGGGAAACACCUUCCGCGCGUUGAGCCUCCCAUCCCGGCGUCACCGCCGAAGAGACGGGCAUGGGCUGGGUUCCGGGCCAGCACUGACGUCGGCGACGGCCAACGCGGGCGGUCUCAGCAUCCUGGCUCCGGGCCACGAUGACCUACGACGAGCUCGAGCACGCGAUCAAGAAGACAAGCAGCUCACGGACAAGCCGUUCGGUGUCAACAUGCGUGCCGACGCCACCGACGCGCCGCAGCGCGCGGACCUGCUGAUCCGUGAGGGCGUCAAGGUCGCGAUCGUUUGCCUUGGCUCCCAAGAAGGAACUGAUCACCAAGCUCCAGGACCACGGCAUCGUCGUCGUACCGUCGAUCGGUGCCGCGAAGCCAUGCGGUCAAGGUUGCAUCUUGGGGCGCGGACGCCGUCAUCGUCCAGGGCGGCGAAGGUGGUGGUCACACCGGCGGUGUGGCAACGACAUUGCUUCUCCCCCUCGGUUCUCGACGCGGUCGAUAUUCCGGUCAUCGCCGGUGGCGGAUUCUUCGACGGCCGCGGGCUGGCCGCAGCGUUGGCGUACGGCGCUGCCGGUGUCGCCAUGGGGACGCGUUUCUUGCUCACCAGCGACUCUUCGGUGCCGGACUCCGUCAAGCAGGAAUACCUCAAGCGUGGACUGACGGAUACGACGGUCUCACGCAAGGUCGACGGCAUGCCUCAUCGUGUACUCAACACCGACCUGGUCAACAGCCCGAAGGUUCCAGCUACGCAACCGGUU